AGGGAGGUUUGCGCAUUUUCUGAAUAAUUCCAAGGUGAAAUUAUUUCAAGCGCUUUUGCUCUCGCUGCUCUCCAUAAAUUUGCGCCGAUGUUUUCACUUUCAAUUACCUUUCAUUAGUUCUUCAUUAGAGUCAAUCGAUCACGAAAUCCGAAACCGGAACCCCAGCUUGCAGAAAAUCGCCAUAGCAUACCCAUGAAUAACCUCUCCACUCCCAUUACAGAAUCACAUCAACAGCAUCAAUCAUACCGUCCUCAACAAGACCAGCAGCAGCAACCAGAACAAGGAGGGGCCUAUCAGCCUUGCGACCCAUCUCAAGCUCAAGCGUAUGACCAAUCAAUGCAAGCUUACUACGCAUACUAUCAAUACGGACAAUAUUCGAAUCCCAAUCAAUACCCCUAUUAUCCUCACCAAGAUUACGCCCAUGCUUACCAGCAACAGCAAGAGCCCACAUCGAUUCAUCCUCCCGGGGUUCCAAUCCCGCCGGCUCCGACCAAUACGAUGGGUACUGAACAAACCCAUUUUCAGGAUCAGCAAAAUGCGUAUUACCCACAUGGGGUUGUGGAACAGCAACAACAGCAGCAGGGAGAUCAACAAGAGAGUUCUUAUUCGGAUUCGCUGACGGGUGGGCUGAACCCGAGCUACACUGCAGGGUCAUCACAAUUACCGCAGUAUGCUGGGAAUACAGGGUUGCAAGACCAACAAUGGGGGGCGAGUAAUGGCGUGUUCGGACCAGCGUCGGUGUAUAGUGGACCAAGGCCUAUGCAUCCGCAGAUUGGGCAAUCUACAUACAGGGGGAGAAGAGGUGGCCGGCCCUUCAGAGGAGGUGGCCGAGGUCGUUUUGGUCCCCCUGCCUCUUUGUCACAUGGGAAGGGACAUGGCCAUGGUGGUCGUGGGCACUUUCAGCCACAUGGUUCAGCAUCCACACCAGCUGGGGUCCCUAUGCCAUCAAUGUCAAGUAUGGGACAACCACCGUUACCUGCACCAGCACCAGCACUAGGACAUGCCACUACGUUUUGGCCCCCUCCACGUAUGGCCUGGUGCGAACUCUGUAGGGUUGACUGCAACACCUUGGAAAUCCUAGAGCAGCACAAGAAUGGAAAGAGACACAAAAAGAACUUGCAGAUAUUUGAGGAGCUGCAGAAUCUUAACAAACUCAUUACUGGAAUGCAGAAUGUUCAAACGCCACAAAUGCCCAUUACCCAAGUCAAACAAGAAGCCGUUCAUCCUGAGAAAAUUGAGGGAUCUGAGGAAAAACAACCUGUAAAGCUUAAUUUGCCCUCUGAAGCUGUGUCUGAUGAUCAUAGAGUUGAAGCCACCCAGCAACAAGAUGUUGAGAAAUCUGUGGCAGAAUCGACAGAAGAAAUAGAAAGGAAACCAAGGACAGAUGACUUUGAUGCCCGGGGACGUGGCUUCAAGCGUAAUAUGAAAGUGGGAAGAGGGGGUAAGCGGAUGAGAAAUAAUGAAUGGCCAAGGCGGCCAGUGGAGCCUCCCAAGCCUAAAGUUGUAAUUCCUUUAAUAUGUGAGCUGUGCAAUGUCAGGUGUGACUCACAGGUGGUUUUUGACACUCAUUUGGCUGGUAAAAAGCACCUUUCGAACCUUAAAAGGUUCCAUGGUUAUCAAGCUUUGUUUGGUGCAGCACUUCAAGCACUUUGCCAGCCUAAUCCUAAUGCUUCUUCAACUUUGCUAAACCCUCGGCUCAAUCAACAUGGUGUUCAAGGUCCUCAGGGUGUCCACACUCCAUCAAUGCUGUACACACUCUCUAAUUCUGGGGCGCCAACAAGCGGACAAGCUACGGCACUGGGACCAACACCGCCAGCUCCUGCACAGGUUCUGGACAACCAAAAUCAGCAAGAUUCCAAGACUCAAGGAGUACAAACCAUUUCAGAGACUGAUACCCAGAAAGGUGUUGCUGUGGGAAUUGAUGCCAAAAACAAGGGAUCAUCAGAGUCUCGAGAUAAGGAAGUUUAUCUUCCCCCUGACAACUCAGUCACGGCUCCAUCAGAUGGCAUGCUUUUAGAUGCUGGGAAAAAUCUGCCUGCUGAUGCUGCUGUUUCAUCUCCAGAAGCUGAAGUCACUUUUUUUGAUCAAGCUGUUGUGCCAGAUGUUGACAGCAAAAGCGAGGAACCUGCAGGGAUGAAGGAUGAAGAGCCAACUGACUAAGAUGUGGGUUUGCUGGGAAGUAUACUUGCAAACGGAGAAUUGUUGUUUUUGUUGUUUUGUUUUGGGUAUUGAUAAGAAUGUUUUGAAAAUACUUUGUAUGGCGAUUUAGGUUAACCUGCUCUUUAAAUGAACUAACACAGAUAAUUUGUCUGAACCACUUUGCUGGAAAGGAAAUCUCUCUAGUGUCUGGGUUUUCUUUCAUUCAA